GGCGCGGUCACGUGUCAGGCGCGAGCUGCUCGCCGGGCGGGAGCUUCCUGUGGCUGCGGCCUCCGCCGCCGCGGGCCGUGCCGGGCGGGACGAGGCCCGGGUUUGAUUUGCGUCCGCAGCGAGGUGUCUAGGCCGCCAGGAUGCCAGGGCCAAGACGUCAGAAGGCCAGUGGCCAGGGGGUGGCAGCUGCCAAGCAGCUGGGGCUCUUUGUGGAGUUCAGCCCAGAGGACAUGCUGCUGGGGAUUGAGGAGACCGAAGGGGAUGAAGCUGACUCGGACCUGGAGGCUGAGCUGCUUGCCCUCACCGGGGAAGCAGAGACCACAGACAGGAAGCAAGCUCCCACGAGGCAGGCCCCCCUGCCCAUGGCCCACAUCGAGAAGUUGGCAGCAGACUGUAUGCGAGAUGUGGAAGAGGUGGAGGACGAAGAGGAUGGGCUGGAAGAGGAUGCAGACCUGCUGACUGAGCUGCAGGAGGUCCUGGGUGCAGAUGAAGAGGUGGGGCCGGGGGAUGGUGAGGAGGCACGCAGUUCAGGCCUCGACCCCAAAGAGGAGCAAGAAAGCCUCACCCCUCCAGCGCGGGCUGCCCUGACAACUGCUGCCCCUGAGCUUCAGGCCGGAGAGCCUCAGGGGCUGCAGGCUGUGCUGGAGGAGCGGAUCCGCAACUACCGGGAAGCAGCGGCCAGCGCCAAGGAGGCCGGGGAAGCGGCCAAGGCCAGGCGCUGCGAGCGAGGCCUGAAGACUCUGGAGUCCCAGCUGGCCGCUGUGAGGAGAGGCAGGAAGAUCAAUGAGGAGGAGAUUCCACCUCCAGUGGCUGUAGGCAAGAGGCCUCUGGCUCCCUUGGAAACAGCCCACAGGACCCUGGAGACAGAACCCCCUGCUGCUACCACCACAGAGCCAGAUGACUCCUCCCACCCUGAGACAAGCCUCUUGGAAAACCCCAGCACUUCUGACACACCGGCACCAGAUUCAGAGCCUGACCCACGGAAUCUGCUGAUGACGCGACAGAGAGAGUACAAAGUGGCCGCCCUCAGUGCCAAGCGGGCUGGAGAUCUGGAGCAGGCCCGGGAGCUCAUGAGGAUUGGGAAGAGAUUUGGCGCCGUCCUGGAGGCCCUGGAGAAGGGGCAGCCUGUGGACCUGAGUGCCAUGCCCCCUGCCCCUGAGGACCUGAAAGCCCUCCCCCAGACCUCAAAGGACCCCAGGGAGCCCCCUUUCGGAUCGCCAGCGGUGGAACAAGUGCAGCCAGUGAUGGCUGCCAACAUCCCAGCAACCCCAGCAGCUCCUUCAGAGCCACAGACAGUGCUGGAUGCCCUGCAGCAGAGGCUGAACAAGUAUCGGGAGGCCAGCGUCCAGGCCCGGGCCAGUGGGGAUGAACGGAAGGCCCGGAUGCAUGAGCGCAUUGCCAAGCAAUAUCAAGAUGCCAUUCGACUACACCGAGCAGGACGAAAGGUGGAUUUUGCUGAGCUGCCUGUUCCCCCAGGGUUUCCCCCCAUCCCUGGCCUACAGCCCUCUGUGGGCACAGAGGAGGAUGCAGUGGCAGCGACGCUGGCAGCUGCCCAGAAACUGGCCUCUUCAGAUGACACAGCCCUGGCAGAUGAAGACGAGGAUGAGGAUGAGAGUGAGACCCCAGCCCAGGCUCCAGUGGCCAAGAAGCCAGCGCAGCCUCUCCCCGCAUCAUCACAGCCCUUGGCUGGACCCAAGGCCUCAAGUUCCAAGGAGUCCCUGAGUCCGUCUGUGCGGGAGCAGCUGGCACUGCUGGAGGCACGAAAACUGCAGUACCAGCGGGCAGCUCUGCAGGCCAAGCGUAGACAGGACCUGGAGCAGGCCAAGGCCCACCUGCGGGUGGCCAAGUGUCUAGAUGCUCAGAUCAUCCAGGCCCGAGCUGGCCGGCCUGUUGACCUGUCCCAGGUGCCUUCACCCUUGACGGAUGAGGAGGGUGACUUCAUCCUCAUCCACCAUGAGGAGCUGCGACUCUCCCAGAAGGCUGAGGAGGUGUAUGCCCAGCUACAGAAGAUGCUUCUGGAGCAGCAUGAGAAGUGCCUGCUGUUUUCCAAGCAGUUCAUGCACCAGGGCAAUGUGGCUGAGACCACCCGGUUUGAGAAGCUCGCUCAGGACCGCAAAAGACAGCUGGAGAUGCUGCAGCUGGCCCAGGCCCAGGGCCUUGAUCCUCCCAGCCACCACUUUGAGCUGAAGACAUUCCAGACUGUGAGGAUCUUCUCAGAGCUCAGCAGCACAGAAAUGCACCUGAUCAUUGUUCGGGGAAUGAACCUCCCAGCUCCACCAGGGGUGACCCCUGACGACCUGGAUGCUUUUGUGCGUUUUGAGUUUCACUACCCUAACUCGGAUCAGGCCCAAAAAAGCAAAACAGCUGUGGUGAAGAACACAAAUUCUCCAGAAUUUGAUCAGCUCUUCAAAUUAAACAUCAACCGAAACCACCGGGGCUUCAGGAGGGUGAUCCAAAGCAAAGGGAUCAAGUUUGAGAUUUUCCACAAAGGGUCCUUCUUCAGAAGUGACAAGCUGGUCGGCACAGCACAUCUGAAACUGGAGCGGCUGGAGACCGAGUGUGAGAUCAGAGAGAUUGUGGAGGUGCUGGAUGGCCGGAAGCCCACGGGGGGCAAGCUGGAGGUGAAGGCGAGGCUGCGGGAGCCUCUAAGCGGCCAGGACGUGCAGAUGGUCACUGAGAACUGGCUGAUCCUAGAGCCACGAGGCUUGUGAGAAUAUAAAAGAUGAGUUCCAUGACGACGGGGCCCUCACUGAGCUGGCAGGCCCCUCCAUGGAUCACCGGCACCAAGGCGCUGUCCAGAUCGUUCAUGUAUUGCGAGGGAAGGGGCUGGCCAUUGCUCCCUGCUUGAUAGCCAACCUAUACCACAGAGAGAAGGGGAUGAAGGUUACUGGACCGAGAUGAUCUUAUCAGAGUCACAGGGGCUGAGCAGGAAAGGAGAUGUCCUUGGCCAUGGGCUAUCCAUACAACAGUGAGUACAGAUUGCGCCUGUUCCCUGAACUGUCAUUAAAUCAUCCCAAUCACUCA